AUGCUCAUAACCAGGCGACCAACGCAGACAACAGUCUCAUACACGGUCUCGACGCGGUCACCCAGCGGUGGUCUUACAAGCCGUCUGGCCAGCUAUGCACUCCUCCUGCUUCGGGUUAUCGCCGCCCUCUUGGUAGCAACAAUCUUACUGGCAGAGUUCCGCAACACUUCAAUCCACAUAAUCUAUCUUGGUCCCGAAUACACCUUAGCAUGGGCCGAGAAUGUGGUCUUGGACACGCCAGUAGGCCUUUUGGCUUAUGUGCUCAUCGCCAACUCUACCUGGAUCUGGCGAGCUGUGAUUUGCACCGGUAUUACGUGGCUCAUUCUCCGGAAGGGCUAUACUGAAGAAUCACUCCUGGUCAUCCGCGGUCUGGGUGUUCAGACUAGCACGAGCAGUCCGAGCUAUCUUUGGACGAGUUCGACGAGGUUCAUACCGACCAGCUCGAUUCAGGAUAUUUUCAUACAUGAAGCGUUCCAAGGAUUUGAGACUAGGUUCUACCUGAGCAUUGUGGUGGAAGGAGAGGAGGAUGUGGUGGUCGUGUUUCCCAGCAUACUACCACGACGCGAGAUACUGGAACAAGUCUGGAGAGGCGCAAGGGCUUGCCUAUACGAGCCAAAGUGA